GCGAAUGAUAAUGUACAACCUUCGUCAGCACAGGACGACGUCGCUGCGCCGGUUGAGGUGAAACCUCCCUCAUCAACGCGACCCUCUGGAGGCGUCAUGUCCAUUAGGCAGUCACUACGAACAUCAUCUGGGGUGACAAGAAGCUCUCUUGCUUCAUCUUCAGGUUGUACAGCUAGGAUGUCGACUAAUUCCACCAGAGCGAGAAUGGGAUUGCCACUUCGUGCAGGAGGAGAACCUCCGCGACCAUCAAAUCAUGAAGUAGAAGAACCUGUGGUACUAGAUUUAUCUGAAUCGCAAUCUUCUUCGAAGUCCACUAGCAACAUGAACACCUUGACUGAUCAAAAUCUUCCAAUAAAGACAAGUAGCAGCGGAGUGGGUGGUGGAGCAAGAGGCGGUCCACAACAAGACUACGCUGCGCGCCUACGCAGUGGUUUGGAGGCUAGGAUAUGGAAGCAGCUUCAUAGUCCUGAUUUCAGAAAGAAGAUAGAAGCCACGACUAGUUCAGCUAAAUCUAGUCCAGGAUCCAUGGAUCCGUCUGCUAAAAAAAAGAAAGCAGAGCUGCAGGAGAAAGAGAGAGACGAGCCACAACUACAACACUUGAAGAACGAGAAAGAGAAUAAAGUAGUAGAUAAAGAACAGCAGGAUCAGGAGGAAGAUGACCACGAUGCAGAUCGUGAGGACGCGAUCAGGAGAGCACAGUUACGAAGUAAACUACGUGGACAAUUGCACACCUGUCUGGCUGAGCUAUCCGAUUUGCAUCAAUUAAGGCUGUACCUUGAAACGUAUCUUACUUUGGACGCAUGAUGAUCCUUGAAACGUAUCUUACUUUGGACGCAUGACUCUUGAAACGUAUCUUACUUUGGACGCAUGAUGAUCCUUGAAACGUAUCUUACUUUGGACGCAUGAUGAUCCUUGAAGAAACGUAUGGACGAGGAGUAUCCGAAGGGAACAAUACUCCCCCAUUAUACUACUUACUUAUUUUCAAGGAUGCACUUGAAAGACGAACAAUUACGGACACAGCUCUAAAUCAAGAGCAGACACGAGCGUUAGAACUAGGAAUGCGAAGACAUUUCGAGAUGGAGAUGAGUCUUCGGAGGAUGAAAGAAGUGAAACACUUCACUUCUGCAGAGAAACAAAUGAGUCUAGAACAAGGUCGUGGCACUUCUUCAUCUCCAACUAGAACCUCCUCUCCUGCUCUUGUAGCUAAUGGAAAUGCAACAAGUGGAGGAAGUGGUGCUUUCAACAGGAGUCCUCCAAAGGCUCCGCCACAAGGAGUGGUGACUCCUGGAGAAGAUGUUGUGGACGAGAAGCAGAAGGUUCUUGAGAGUGCAAAGAAAGAAAAAGAGGAUGCUGAGGCUGAAGCAAAGCGAAAACACGACGCUCAACUGCAAGCUGCACUGAAUUUUGAUUCACUCAAGAGUGGAUUAUUUAUCGGGAAAAAGCAACAUGCUAAGAAAAACAAGCUGAAGCAAGAACAGAAUACUUCUAGUAAAACAGCAGCUGGUACUAGCAGUAGGACGGGUGGAGCCGGAGGAGGCACAACAAAGACAGCAGCAACCACGAGUACAACUAGUGCUGCUGUUAGAAAGCUUAGUGGGGGCGCUGCACAGUCUAUGAGGGCAACGGGAAGUACUGGCACGCGCCCAGGAAUGAAGUAGAAACUCAAACUUUUUAUUUUGCGUGAUCGUGAUCUUGUUUCGCAAGAAGUUACAAGUAAUUCUGGCAUUUUCAGAUUCAGUUUCAGAGUUUUUAGCACGAAAUCUACGACGAGGAUAAUUCGCACGACGAGUACUGAUACUUACAGUCACCAGAAAAGUAACACAAGUCGAUUGAUGAAAAAUAAAACAACCUUAACAUGGAGUUGUUUGUUCUUGAUUUUUUCCGAUAUGCAUAGAAAAUUAUUCGGACUACCGAUUCUUGAGUUCUUCUGUUCUUUUUCGUUGUGUAUCUCGACCGUUUCUCUCUCGUAAAUAAGAAAAGGCUUGCUUCUAUGAUUCCUUACUAAUUCUUUUUUCAUUUCAGUUCUUACAGUUUCGAAUUCGAGAGUCCUUUACCCUCCAGUCCACCGAAUUACCUUCCCCCUACAAGUAAGGACCUGCUCCUGAUGCGGUUGUUUUCUCUACUCCGGCCGUGAGAAGCUAAAGUGCAUAAAUUAUCGGUUUCUUCACGACUGUAAGGUAACGUAGAAUUGAGCAGUUGCCUGACAUCAAACAGGCUGACGAACACGGAG